UCUAAAAACCCUUACUGGCGUGUGCGCGUGCGAGAGUGUCGGUUUAGUGAAGGGAAGAAAACGGGUGGAUUUCUAAAGUAAGGCUCUGCUCCACCAAAAUGGGCAGUAAACAUCUUCUUCACGUCCUAAGGGCUGCACAGGGAUCGGGGAGGCAGUAGAAUGAUCUAUCGCGGAUCAGUCGGACACAUCGGGUGAAGAGUUGUUGAACAAAGAGAGGAGUGGAGGAGGAGGAGGUGUAAUGGCUACUCGGGCACAGAGACGAGCCGCUCCGAGCAUGAACCCGGAGCAGCACGACGACGACUCCGACACCGAGGAGACACACCUCGGGCUGAAGAAAUCAGACGGACGGGAGCCACAGAUCAUCCACAGCGGUCAUUUCAUGGUUUCCACCCCUCACAUCGAGCAUCCGCCGAAGAAAGGCUACGACUUCGACACUGUUAAUAAACAAACUUGUCAGACUUAUCACUUCGGCAAGGCGAGCGCAUCUCAUCUGUCCAUCGACGCGUCCCUCACCAAACUCUUCGAGUGCAUGACCCUCGCUUACAGUGGGAGAUUGGUGUCCCCAAAAUGGAAAAACUUCAAGGGCCUGAAACUUCUCUGGAGGGACAAGAUUCGCCUCAACAAUGCCAUCUGGAGGGCUUGGUACAUUCAGUAUGUGGAGAAAAGAGAGAACCCAGUCUGCCAUUUCGUUACACCUUUGGACGGGACCAUGGAUUCUGGAGUCCAUCGACCUGCGGAGGCAAUAGCUACAGAAGGGAAAUACUGGAAGAGACGAAUCGAAAUCGUUCUCCGAGAAUACCAUAAGUGGAGGACAUACUUCAAGAAAAGGUUACAGAAGCACAAAGACGAUGAUCUUUCCAGCCUUCUCAAGGGGGCAGAGGAGCAGUUCUCGCUUUUUGGCGAAGUACAUCCCGACAUCCUUCGUAUGCCCUAUUAUCAGGACGACGAGGCAGUAGGCUACACUCGCCGCAGCUCCCGCAGGAGCCAGGACUCUCCCAUGCCCAUGGAGAUGGACCCCAUCUUCGACAUGGACGUGCUCAUGUCCGAGUUCUCAGACACGCUCUUCUCUACACUUUCCUCUCACCAGCCCAUUGCUUGGCCUAAUCCCAGAGAGAUCGCACAUGCAGGUAAUGCAGACAUGAUCCAGCCUGGACUCAUCCCGCUGCAGCCCAACCUGGACUUCAUGGACACUUUCGAGCCUCUUCAAGAUCUGUUUCACACCCUGCGUCAGCCCUCCUACCCCACCACCUCACCCACUGCCCCAACCACCACUCCCUUAUCCAGCAGCAGUAGCAGCACCCAAACACAGACUUCGUUGUUGUCUCCAGUUAACCUGCCCACAGAACUGUCCAUCUCUCAGGCCCCAAGUCCUCCUUCAUUACGCAGUCGGAACAACCUAAGCUCUGUAGGCCCAGCCUACCAACAGGACUACAUGCCUCUUUUCACAGAACAAAUAGCGCCCCAGCCCACUACGGCCCCCAUCAUGCCACCCCCAGCCCCUCUGCCUCCUCCGCCCUCUCACUCGCUGCAGUGCCAGGCCGUGGGGGCUGUCCCCAGGAGCUCGUCUCCAUCCAUGGUCAAACACAGUGGCCCUUCCUCAGUGACACCCAGGUCACACUUCACCAUUUCACCCAGAACUUCUCGCCAGGAUCAGGCGAUCUCGUGUAUCUCUUUGUCCCCGCAGCCUCAGAGCUUUGCCCUGCCACGACCCAUCCAGCCUGCUGGCUCUGCUAAAAAGAGUCGCCACGUGCCCAUAGUCCCAGCCACUCCAGUUCCAUCACCUCACCUCAUACUGACAGGUCCUGCUGGUGCUGUUCUUGUUACUCAGUCUCCUCUUAAAACCGAUGUGCCCUCUACUGCCGGUAUGGUCAUCACCUCCGCCAGCAUCCAACACGGAUCUGGCUUCCACAUUCUCCCACCAAGUCAGAACUCUGCUCAGCACAUUGUGCCCAAAGAGGAAACAACUUUAUCCAGUAAUAAAAGCUCAGUUCCUGCAGCUUGCACAACAUUAGAUGGACGAACUUCUGGUCAAGGCUCACCUUUAGGGGCAGAGCAGGUCCCGAGCCCACAGUCUCCUCUCAGCAGCUGCACUUCAGUCCUGGCCAAGAGCGAGCCGAAUCCGAAUCGUCGCGUGAAACACAAAUCGGCCGAGCAGAAACGCCGAUCCAACAUCAACGUCGGCUUCAAGACGCUGUGCAGCCUGGUUCCCUCUCUCAAAUCACAGUCAAAUAUCAGUAAUGCUACAACCCUUCAGAAGACAGUGGAGUACAUCGGAAAGCUGCAGCAGGAGAGGCACCAAAUGCAGGAGGAGACCAGGAGACUGCGGGAGGAAAUCGAGGAGCUCAAUGCAUCCAUCAGUUUGUGCCAGGAACAGCUUCCAGCCACCGGAGUCCCCAUUACACGAAACCGAUUUGACCACAUGAAGGAGAAGUUUGAUGAGUAUGUAAAGAACAGAACUCUCCAGAACUGGAAGUUUUGGAUCUUUAGCAUCAUCAUCAAGCCUCUGUUUGAGUCCUUCAACGGGAACGUGUCCACCACCAACAAGAGCAAGUUGUGUGAGACCACCAUGCAGUGGCUGGACCGAGACUGUACGCUGCCCGUCCUCAGACCCAUGGUUUUAAGGACACUGAGACAGCUAAGCACCACCACGUCCAUUCUGACUGACCCAACACUCCUUCCAGAAGAAGCUAAGCAGGCCGUCGUCAACUCCAGGCACAACUCCACGAAGUCCUAGUGUGUCUCUUACCUGCUCUCAGGUCCUUACCUGGGAAAUCUCUCACCAAGUCCUAGCAGUUUUGUUAAGACAGAACAUGGGGAGACCUUUGGGUGCCGUCUGCACUGAGGAUGGCAAGGAAGAACACUCCUCUAGCGUGGUUGAUUCCGUCUGCUUAAGUGAUUAUAUAUAUAUAUAUAUAUAUAAUCACUUAAGCAGACGGAAUCAACCACGCUAGAGGAGUGUUCUUCCUUGCCAUCCUCAGUGCUUUUACAGCAAUACAAGAGAACCAGAGUUUUUUUUGUUUUUGUUUUUUUAACAGUGUUAAAAGGGCUGCUAUAGACAUAACCCACUUUUGUUUUAAAGGGAAACCGAAGUCAAGUGCUUCUUAAGAAAAGGUUCAAAAGGGAAUUGCCUUAACAGAGUCUGCCAGUUGAUAUGGAUAACGGCUUCGGUUUGUAAUCCUUACAACGAUGUUCUGUUAAACGAUUUUUUAUCCACUUUUAUCCAAAGUGAUUUUAAUAUAAGCAGUUUGAGGGAUUCGAGCUCAAAUCAGUGUCAGUCUUCCAGUCCGAGGAUCUUCUGAUCGCUGAUCUUGCCGAUGAGUAAAAGUGUUUCUUGCACUACACCUUUACAGGAGUUUAAAGCCUUACAAAGACUCUUUUUAAGCACUAUUAAUAAAUGUUUUGGACACGAAGCCUUUUCUGUCUUCCCAGCUGUGAAAUUCAUCCUGCCAUUAAGCUCCCCUGUGUCCUCUCCUGUAUUUUAGAGCAUCAAGUGAGAUUUGCCUGUUCACUAAAGAGAAGCCUUAUAUACAGCAGGGCUACGAAUAAACUUGCUCAAAGAAUAUUAUCAUAUGUACUAUUUUUAUUUUUUAUUUGUUUGUUUGUAGUCACAAUUUCAAGAUUAUUGCAUUCUGCAUAAAAAAAAAGAAAAGAAAA